UGUAAGCUGCAGACGAGAGCUGGAAGCAAGCAACAUGUUGACAGCAGCGUUCAUCCUCAGUCUGUACUGCCAUGUUGCAGGCGGCUUACGCAGAGAGUGGCUUCCUGACACCAAUUUCAACAAUGCCUCAAACUGGGACAAAGGGAAACUUCCUUGUAAAAAUAACCGAAUCUUGUUUUCUAAAGAUCAGGAGUUGUCAGUGUUUGUGCAAACACCUAUUGAUGUGAUGGAAAUGUAUGUGCCGCUUGAUGGUGAAUUCAUUCUCGGGCACGGCGCUGAGCUCGCUGCAAGUGACGGGCGCAGAGCACCGGGAUGUGAGAGAGGUGAGGAGGUGACAUUUAAAGACCCCGAUCACUACAGCUGGUACGAUCCCAAAAACUGGCAGACAUCGUUCUCUGUGAUUGGGCUGGAACAAGACCAACACGCCUUCCCUCUGGAUGAAGAGACAGUACCAUGCCAACAUGACGACGUUGUUUUUCAACCUGCGACAUCUUUCCGUGUGGACUUGAACAGUGAUGCACAAAAUAUUCAUGUUAAAACUAUCUCCUUAAUGAAUAAGAGGUUUGCCAGCAGUGAAGACUUCCUCGAGUAUCGAGAAUCCCACACAGGAAGACUGCAGUUCCACGGAAACAGCUCCGUCACUGUGACCAACACCAAGUGUGAAGACAGAUCAGGCUGUCAAUGCGGUAACUCUCGUGUAAGAAGCAAAUUACUGUGUGAAUCUUAG